AUGAAUCGAUUCGUUAUUGUUUUAUUGUGGACCAUUAAUUGCUACGCGAUGGAUGAACCUUGGAUGAAUCCGGCUGCUUUCCGGAAUGCGGGACCACUGGCCUUAACCAGAGAUAGGGCUCCUUCGACGUCGCCUCGUAUGCUUCGGGAAGAUCACCCAAGCAAUCUUAGUGGAUGGGGGCCCAGUAGACAAGAAUUGCAAGUGAAUCCAUCUAUUUAUUCGUCCCCUCGACCUCGUCAGGUGGAUCUAGAAGCUCUCCGUCCCGCUCGCGUGGACAAUUCCGUCAAGUACUACAGUCUCAGAUCGGAUACACGUCGAAAUGAAAAUUCAGAGGAGGAGGGCGUGCCGUCUAGACUAAGAGAAUAUCCUCUGGUUACCAGUCGGUCAAUCGAAUACCAAGACUUGAAUUCAAAAUCAAGCAGGAUAUUAUCUCCGCAGGAUAUGAUAAAACAAAAAAACUCGUAUCCUCCUGACAACAAUGAGUCACGACCGGCGCAGAGACCUCGGAAGUUUAGCAAGUUAAGGGGCGCUUUCAUCCAGCCGGAAGAACAUGAACCGGGCUCUUCGUCCACAGGCAAUAUGAAUAGUAUCGUCAAUCGAUUGCCUUCGAAUUUGAGCUCCAGAUCCUCGAUGUUAACGUCAAGUAGACUCAUUAAUACAGCUAAUAAUCAAGAUGGGAUUUCGGUGAGCGAAGGGGCAAGUCAUCAGUUUACAAUUCACAAUCCUCAUAAUUUCCCUAUCAACAAUCAAGGACUCGCGGCGACACAUUCGGGAAUAGUUACGAAUUCCGGGACUCAUCGUGGCGCUAGCAAAGAACAUAUUCCUGGCUAUGAGGAAGACGAAUCAGGAGAAUUAUUAGUCUUUGAUAAAGCGGUUUUUGGCUAUUCGACACCAAAUAUCUUUCAAGCGUGUUUGAAAAGAGACAUCAAAGUUUUAAGGCUCAUCUCAACAAUGUUUGACAGACCGGUACUGCAGAUGACAGAAGCUAUGUUUGCUAAAGGCUAUCAUAGAGUUUUCCACUUCGACAAAGGUAAAACAAAGGCAAAGGACUUCGAUAAGGAGGCAGCGGCUACAAGGACGAAAGAUCUUAAGAAUCAUAGAAGAAAAAGCUUCCACGAUUCAUUCAAAAAGCUCUUAGAAAACCAGGAGGCUUGGCUUACACAUUGGCGCAAGAUGACGGGCAUAGAUUUCACCCCUUUGGCUGAAGAGGCAGAAGCUUACAAUGAAUCCUUUCAACUGCGGAAACUUCUCAUAACAUUUUUAUUUUAUGUUGAGAUGAUAAAUACAAUCGUACCUAGUCGUCCGAAUAUGAAAGAGGAAGCAGGAAGAGAACUACAAGAAGCAGCAUAUUUCUUCAAAAAUUACUUGCUCAAAGGCACCUCUUCAGAUAAAAGAAUUGUGGGCAAAGAAGACCUGAAAAAUCAAAAGAAGAUCAGAAAAAAUACUGUCCAUGCACGACCCAUUCCUUUUCAUUCUGCUCUUUGGUCUUUGUUAGAAGUGUGGAUGAAAUCAUGCAGGAAAGAGCUCUAUCAAGCAGCAACUGGAACAUCCAAAAAAAAAACUCUUCUUACUGCCAAAAACUUCUUCACUACUAUUUUCAACCACUCUAUUGAACAGUUUUGCAAUAGAUUGAAUGCAAAACAAUGA